GAAGAAGGCGCCCGAGACCGGGCCGAGUGCAGCUGCCGUGGCCGCCGCCUUUUUAGCUCCUCAGCCGUCAGCUCCUCUUUCCACCAGCAGCAGAGACCAGCAAGGAGAGCCCGCAGAUGCUCGGAGCUUUCUCUGCGCGGAGCUGCCGGUCGCCUUCGCCCGCUGCCCUCCUGCUCCGGCUCUUGGUGCCCCAGCUCCAGGAGCCCCUGCCUCCCGUCGCCGUCGCGCUGGUGUGGGUGUGGGGGCCGCUGGGGCUGAGCUGGGGCUGAGCUGGGCCUCGGCGCCUCCUCGGAGAAGAGACGCCGGAGGAGCUGCGCGUCGCGGCGCCGCCGGCUGGCCGAGGGCGCCCAGAGGCGCGGGGCUCGGCGGCUUGGUCCCGGGCUCGCCCCAGUGCAGCCGCAGGGGCCCUCAGCGGUUUCCCGAGCGGCCUGUCUCGGGCGGUAAGAGCCCCGCGCCGCCCGCCCUCCCCGUCUCGAGGUCGCCGACCCUCUGCGCCUCGCCGCCGCCACCUCCCCCCUAGUCGCCGGGCCGUGCUCGGCGGGCCCCUCAGCCGCAGCCAUGGGGUGCUGGGGUCGGAACCGGGGCCGGCUGCUGUGCAUGCUGAUGCUGACCUUCAUGUUCAUGGUGCUGGAAGUGGUGGUGAGCCGGGUGACCUCGUCGCUGGCGAUGCUCUCCGACUCCUUCCACAUGCUGUCGGACGUGCUGGCGCUGGUGGUGGCGCUGGUGGCCGAGCGCUUCGCCCGGCGGACCCACGCCACCCAGAAGAACACGUUCGGCUGGAUCCGGGCCGAGGUGAUGGGGGCUCUGGUUAACGCCAUCUUCCUGACCGGCCUCUGCUUCGCCAUCCUGCUGGAAGCCAUCGAGCGCUUCAUCGAGCCGCACGAGAUGCAGCAGCCGCUGGUGGUCCUCGGGGUCGGCGUGGCUGGGCUGCUAGUCAACGUGCUGGGGCUCUGCCUCUUUCACCAUCACAGCGGCUUCAGCCAAGACUCCGGCCACGGCCACUCGCACGGGGGGCAUGGCCACAGCCACGGCCUCCCCAAGGGGGGCCGCGUCAAGAGCACCCGCACCGGGGGUAGCGACAGCAUGGCUCCAGGCGAGCAGGGGCCUGAUCAGGAGGAGACCAACACUCUGGUGACCAAUACUAGUAAUUCUAAUGGGCUGAAGCUGGACCCAGCAGAUCCAGAAAAAUCUUCAAAUAAUGAUACAGUGGAAGUACAAGUGAAUGGAAAUCUUAUCAGAGAACCUGACAAUAUGGAAUUGGAAGAAGAUGAUAGGGCUGGACAACUUAACAUGCGUGGAGUUUUUCUGCAUGUCCUUGGAGAUGCCUUGGGUUCAGUGAUUGUAGUAGUAAAUGCCUUGCUCUUUUACUUUUCUUGGAAAGGUUGUUCUGAAGGGGAUUUUUGUGUGAACCCAUGUUCCCCUGACCCCUGCAAAGCAUUUGUAGAAAUAAUUAAUAGUACUCAUGCAUCAGUUCAUGAGGCUGGUCCUUGCUGGGUGCUAUAUUUAGAUCCAACUCUUUGUAUUGUAAUGGUUUGUAUACUUCUUUACACAACUUAUCCAUUACUUAAGGAAUCUGCUCUUAUCCUUCUACAAACUGUUCCUAAACAAAUUGACAUCAGAAAUUUGAUAAAAGAACUUCGAAAUGUUGAAGGAGUUGAGGAAGUUCAUGAAUUACAUGUUUGGCAGCUUGCUGGGAGCAGAAUCAUUGCCACUGCUCACAUAAAAUGUGAAGAUCCAGCAUCAUACAUGCAAGUGGCUAAAACCAUUAAAGACGUUUUUCAUAAUCACGGAAUUCACGCUACUACCAUUCAGCCUGAGUUUGCUAGUGUAGGCUCUAAAUCAAGUGUAGUCCCGUGUGAACUUGCCUGCAGAACGCAGUGUGCUUUGAAGCAAUGCUGUGGGACACUGCCACAAACCCAAUCUGGAAAGGAUACAGAAAAGACCCCAACAGUUAGCAUUUCUUGUUUAGAACUUAGUGACAAUCUAGAGAAGAAGCCCAAGAGGACUAAAGUUGAAAACAUCCCAGCUGUUGUGAUAGAGAUAAAGAAAAUGCCAAACAAACAACCUGAAUCGUCUUUGUGAGUUUUGAAAAAGAUGUGAUAUAUGACUUUUGCUUUAAACUGCAAGAGGAAAAAGAAAAAGACUCCAUUGAAAUUCUAAGUUUGCCAAGUAGUAUAACUGAAGUACUUGUCUGGUCACACAGUUUAAUUCUAUUUUUGUAAGAACAUAAUGGGACUACAUAACAGAGUUCUAUAUACAUACAACUUUGUGAUUAUUAGUACAGAGUACAGCUGUGCUAUAACAGUUUUGGAAAGCCAGUUUUAACACUAUGUUACAUUUUUGUUUAACGUAAGUAUAAACCUUAUAUAACAUAAUGACAUUUGAUUUCCAGUUUUCCCAUAUAAAAAUUAGGGGGAUAAAUAAAUUAAAAUUGUCACUGGAAUUUCGCUGCUUUUCUUUUCCCCCAGUGUUAUACUUUAUUAGAAUUAUAAUUGCUAGAACUCUAAAAUCAUCAACAAUUUAUUUGCUUUGGCAUUUUAGGUAAUAUUUACUUUCCUUUUAGGAUCAUUCCAUAGCAUAAUGGGAGCAUAUUUUAAGAAUGAUUCAUGGCUAUUCCUAGGACAUAAGAAAAAUUACUAUCCUGUAUUCUUCUAUAUUGCUGAAUAUUAGUCUAAUGAACAGAGAGACAAUUAAAUUGAACUAUAGUUUACAUACAAUAGGGCAUAUGGGGAGUGAAAGCAGGGAUGGAAGUUUACCGAACUAAAUAUUUAGAUUAUUGUAUAUUAAUAUUCAGACUACAUUUCUGAAUUAUUUUGAGAAUUUCAACUCAUUUUUAUCCUACCAAAGUUAGUCUAAAACAUGGACGUGUUCACCAGCAUUACUUUGUUUAAAAGGUUGAUAUAGAAACAUUGAGCUGAAAGUUUACUCACAAAAUAUAUAAGUAUUUUUAAGGGUGUUAACUAAGCAUUUAAUACACUUAAUUACAUGCUAAAUGCAAGCUAUUAAUGUAAUCUUUUAAAUUGUGGAUGUUUCAAAAAAAAAAACUUCAAAGUUAAUGUCAUUUCAUGGUGACCAAUCAUGAAUGGAUUUAAACCAGGCUUUUCAAACACAACCAACAACACUUGUGCUUUGCCAAGAGCCACUAACUUGAGAAAAAAAUCAGGAGGUAAUGCAAUUGGAUAUUAAAUUAUUAGAAAACAAAAUUAAUAAUUAAAGCAUUCUUUAAGUCAUAUUGAUAUUGCUUGGAUAGUCUAACAGUGGCUUAUUUUGCAAGAUGCCACGUAUCUACACAUGAAAUUGUUCUUGGCUAUUUCAUUGUUGCUAUAGAUUUCAAAUCCAACACAAAUAUUAUUUAAGGGUAUUUAAGUUAUAUUUUUCAUGAGAGGGUUAUGCGUUGUGAUGAGAAUGUAGACUUUUGUCCUCAAAAAGAUGGAUAUUUAGUAUCAGUUAUCAUGUAUAGUUCUAUUUUUCUAGAAACAAGGUAUUCUGACUACUUCAGUAACUUUUAUAGCUAACUACUUUUAGGAUUGGCUACCUUUGGGGAUUUGAAAUAAUUCAUUGUUUAAUGGGUCAGAAGAUGAAAGUGUUGGAAUUUGACAGUUACUUUUUAAAGGGAUGAUCUUUUGCAGUUUUUUCCCUAGUACAAGCCUGUUGCUGGCAAUGGGCCUAUUUAAGAACAGCUGAUUUUUCCAAUGAGAAUGUGGUAAUUUUUGGAACAUAGUUUGUAAGUUCACAUUUACUAUAACGGGCCAAAACCAUAACCUGCCAGUUUGCAAUACAUCUUGAUCUUUUAAUACUCUUUAUCUGCUUUUGUGUAACUCUAUUCCUAAACUGAUAGUUAUCUUGAAUUUUGCAAAAAGGUGUUUGUUUUUUUUUAACUUAACAUCAUUUGGGGAUCUCGUUAUGUGGGUAGACAAGAGAGAAAGCUGUGAAUUGUACUUAUCAUGUACAUUCCUGAUUUAACACUUUAUAGAACAUUUUAUUAAGAUCUGAAAACAAUGUUAUGUAAACAUUUCGGUGAUGAUACAAUAGGUUAACUGGUUAAAUACAUUCACUGGGGUUUGCUUUACUGGUGAUCUAUUUGGGGUCUGCUUUAAAGGCAGCAUAACACCGAAGUAUAAGACAUCAACUGAAUGAGGGUUUUAAAGUGGUAUAUAAGCAUGAGACAAGGACUGUGGUUUGGUUUUUCAAAAGUGCUUUGAAGAUAACAGCCUUUAGGUUUUAGUUAUUUCACUUUUCAUAAGUUUUAAGUAGCUUAUACUAUGUGUGUAUCAAAGUGGUACCACGGGAUUUUCUUUUUUCAGAGGACUUUGUCAUAGCAAAAUCAGUGGGCACUGACUCACCUUUUGAGUUCUAGUGGACAAUUUAUUUAUUUCUUUACAAUGCACUUUCUAACCCAUUUUAGCUAUAUUAGCAUUAUCUUAAAAAAAAAAAGAAGACAUGCUUUUAUAUUUAAAUAUUGUUGGGAUUUAAGUGUCUUUUCCAAAAUAGUUUUUCCCUUUCUGAAAGAAAAUUAGGGAAAUACCCUAAUUUAUUAAGACAACUUAAAACCCAAUAUUUAAAUAUGCUGUUUUAUAACACUGCAUCAGUUUUUGGAGUUGCAUCUCUCCUGCUGGCUCUUUUAUAUUUGAGCAAGAUCAGUAUAGAAUAUGUGUUUAGAAACUUGUCUGUUAUGUCAAUUUAGUGAAAAGGAGGUACUGCAUGUGCCUGAAUUAAACCAACCAGAAUUUUUCCCAAGCCGAAUGCAGCCUUAGUGAUUAGAGAUUUAAUUCUCCAUUGUCACUACUUUUGCUUGGAUGAUUGUUUAGUUUUUUUCUGAAGGGUACCUGCAUUGUGAAAGUUUGGACUAGACCUAAAAAGCAAAAUCCUCAAGAACCUUGCUAUGUGUGUUUUAAUGUUGAGUAACUAAGGUGUAUAAUUUGAAUAGAAAAAUUCCAUCAAGUGCACCUUGGAAAAUCAGUAGGUAGAAGACUAUGUUAACAUGUCUGUGUCUUGUUAACAUCCUCAGUUAAUUAUGAAUUUUUGAAAGUUGUGAGGGAAAAGAUCUAUGGAACCUAAUGUGAAAUAUUUAGUAGGUUAACUGGUAUUGAGUUAAAGAUUUUUACUGUUUAUAUGGAGAUAUCAUUUGAAUGAUAAAAAUGUCAUUAACCUGCUGUCUUAAGAUGUUCACACAAAUAGGAGAGUAAUUCUACAAUAUAAAAAUAUUUAUUUUAAUACUGAGUUUCAGUUAAGUCAUAAAACAGUGUUAAAAUUUAAAACUCUUGGGAAGAUAGGGAGGUUUUUUGUUGUUUUUUAAAUUGAAACUGUGUCAUACAGUGUUUCACCGUCUAUGAAAUGGGAAUUGUAAUAGCACUAUUUUGAUGUAGCUCUACCAAUAUUAUGUGGUAAUGCUGUUUUGUUUUACUAACAAGCUCUGGAAUAUUUAGCAGUCAUUUUCACUGGCACAAGAGCCUUUGUAUGUUAUUCAAUUUAAACUUUUAAACCAAAAAUUUUAUGGUCCAGUGUCUUUGGCAAAAAGAUGCUGGAGGGAAUGUAACAUACAAUUAAUGUGUGGUUAUAUAUAAAAAAGACACAAAUUGCCAUGUUAUGGUUCUGCCUUGAAACAGCACAAUGAAGUGUAUCAGUGUAUUCUGUGAUUCUUUAUGAAACUUUCAUAUUGUGUUGUUUUUGUGUCUGCUGUUGCCUGUCCUUUGGACCAGAUGUGGCUCAGUUAAAUGCAGUUAUCAUCUCAUUAAAUGCAGAUGCAGAUAAAAUGUCUUUAGUGCUGCAACAUUUUACCUAACUUUUUGUAUGUUUUAUGACUGUGUGUUAUUUUCCAAAGCUGUUCCUACCUCACCAUGAGGCUUUAUGGAUUGUUAUGUAUUAUAAAUGUUCUAUAUGAGACAGACUACUGUGUUUUCUUCUCAUUUAUUAAAAGUUAAGUAGAAAAAUAAACUAAUUUUAAUAUCUA